AUGAUUUUUGUUCUUCUGAUCAAUGAAAAUGAAAUAGGUGUCAAUGGCGAAGAUUCUGAUUUAACAUGUACUUGUGACAUAGUUAAUGGAAGUAUUUGCUUUCAAUACUCAUGCAUAAAAAAACCAUCAACUAGCUGCUUUCCCGGUAUAAGUCAAAUUAUACUUGCUGAUGGCACAUUCAAAGCACUGGCUGAUAUCAACAUUGGCGAUCGAAUACUUGUUAAUGAACAUAAUCUCUACGAACCAGUCAUUGGUUUUAUUCAUGCAAAACGAGAAGGUUUAUUUGACUAUCUUGCAAUUAAACUACAAUCAGUUCUUUCAAAUUCAUCUAGUAUAAUCUUUGUAUCUCCUGAUCAUCUUAUCUUUGACUAUCACUCGGAUGAAGCGCGCUUUGCAGGAAAAUUUCGUCUUGGUGAUCGAGUAUAA